UAAGUAUGUGACCUAUUUUAAUUGCUGACUUAACAAGACAAGGCAUUUUUAAUAAAACCUGCACAACUUAUUCAUUUUUAUUGUUCUAUACAAGUGAAUAACUUUUAAUUUUUAUUAUUUCAUAUAAUCAACUCAAUUAAUAAGAAAUGUAUCCAAUAUUUCUAGUAUUUGUUUUUUUUUUCUCAUCCAUAUUAGCAGAUAAUCAAAUUAAAAUAAAACCUUUAAAUAACACUUUAAAAAUCUUAACUAAUGAAUCUUCAAUUGGCUGCAUUUGUGGAAUUUUUUUAAGUGGAGAGUUUAAAAAAGAUAAUAAAAAAUCACUUGAAGAAAAUCCUGCUCUUAUUCAUGGUUUGCCUGGAGUAUUUCCAUGUACUUCAAUUGGAAAUAAAAUUUGUAUAAGUAAAUGUUUAGACACUAUUAUUAAAUAUCUUCCAAAUAGUUCUAAAAUUUUAUGUAGUUCAAUAGAACGUGAUUGUUAUAAGGAAAAGGCCUAUUUAUUUAUUAAAAACUGUAAGAGUGGAUGGAUUAAUACAAAUCUUUCUGCUGGAAGGGAAUAUUGCUGUAAGGAUGGUAAACCAUACAAAUGUCCAGUAUUUUAAAAUAAAUAUUUUUUAUUAUAUUUAUUAUAUUAUUAUAUUAUUAUAAAUUUUAUACUUCUUCAAUUUAAUAAAACUAUUCUUGAUUUUA